AUGCCGGCUGUACACACUCGCCUCUCGCCUCUCGCCGAGAGUCUUGGGCGAGAAGCUCUCGACGAAUGCACACCAUGUACACACUCGUGCACGUCAUUUGAACAGAGGAUAUCGGCCACGAUGGACCUGGAAACUGCUGCUGCCGUUUGUCUUUGUGCUGUUAGUUAUUAUCAUUACUUACACAUAUAUCAUAAAAAAAAAAUUACUAAACCAUGGCGAAAACGAAGGUGGUGGAUGAUUACUAUGCACCGCAAAAGAACCCAAACCACGAUGGAAAAUCAAUUGGCGGAACUAGUAAUGGAACCUUCUGGUCAAUUUCACAAUUUUACAAGAAUGUCCGUAACAGACUUUGAAUAUUUGUUGCAAAAAGUUUCUCCGUUAAUAUCGAAGAAGGAUACACCUAAAAGAGACGCAAUACCAGCCAAAGUUCGCUUGGCAAUUACUUUGAGAUUUUUGGCCAGCGGUGAUAGCUUCGAAAGUCUGCAUUUUCUGUUCAAAGUUUCUAGCUCCAUAAUAUCAAGAAUUGUACCUGAAGUGUGUAUUGCGUUAAACGCAGUAUUGAAAGAUCAAAUUAAGCUGCCACAGGAUCCCCAAUCAUGGCUACAACUAGAAAUUUCCACACUGUCUGGGAGCUAUGGAUGGAAAACAUGUCGUCAUGCAAUCUCCUGUACAUAG